CACGUGCCUUUGGAAAAUCACCAUCUGCCAAGAGAAGUCGGCGGAUGUCAGCAGAACCUGGGCCGGCAGCAAGACCUUGCUGUCGCUCCAGCUGGAGAGGAGGAGACAUCAAGGCAAAUCAAACAUCUGCUUGCUGAACAUUUACUUCAUUCCUCUUUUGGUUCAGCUGUAGCUGGGUGAGAUCAACUACGGCAGGUGACAAACACAAGGAGACAGAAGCACAGAGGCUGAGAGAAAAGAGGAUAAGAUCCCUUGGCAGUGACAGCAUUUCCAGCCCUGCGCUCCGCAGACGGGAGGAGCGUUCCCACAGCGAUGGAGUUGUGCAGCACAGCCGUGAGCUGCAUGGCUGCCGCCUUCCUGCUUCUGCAUCUGGGUCUGAUCUCCAGUAUGGCUCAGCAAAAUGAAGUCCAGACUGGGCUUGUAGGAGGGGAGGUGACCCUGAAAUGCACAGGCAUACCUCUUGACUCAAAAUUAUCUCGGGAUGAAGUGAGCUGGAUGUACUAUAAAACUCUUCUAUGGCGGACGGAAAACAAUAAUGCUUGGAGAACAUCAGCUUUCCCUACUCAUCGAGCUGACGUCAAGAUGGAAAAUAAACAGCUGAGGAUGUGGGAUUUGAAGCUCUCUGACGCUGGCAUCUACACCUGUAAAUCCAGCUCUCACGAAGUCCGCAUCUCACUGCAUAUCUUUAAAUUGACAGUCUCUUUGGAUGGGCACUUUCUGCAAAAUGAAGUCCCUGAACUGAUUUUAAUGCAAAACUCAUCCAGUCCUCUACCCAAUCUCAAGAUCACAUUGUUUAACAGCAACAACAACAAAAUAAUACCAGAAUUACAAAGCAAGACCCAUCAAAAAUACAUAGUGAAUUUAAAGAAACUGGAAGCUACGGACAGUGGGACCUGGCUGUGUCAGGUCCGUUCAGACUCUCCACUGAUUAAUCAGAACAUCUCCUUUGUUAUAAAGGUACUAGGUUUUCAGAAUCCAGAUUUGGAAAGAAAGUAUGCAACUGUUGAUAGCACUGUCAUCUUGUCAUGGCAUCUGAACUCCCAGAAGAUAAAAUGGAAAGAACGUUUCACAGGACAGCUGAACUGGAAACAACAGGAAGGUGCAAACGCUCAUGAGCUGCUUGAUUUCAAAGUCACAGCACAAGGAGAGCUGCAUGAGACUAAAAAAAGCAGCAACUUUCUGUUUGAGAUACCUGAAAGAAAUGCUGAAAUCAUCAUAGAAGUGAAGCUCCCCAAAGUAUAUUUCAACCAUUCUGGACAGUACCAGUGCCAGCUGGAGUACCAAGGAAGGCAUGUGCAGAGCAAGAUAGAGCUGGUGGUGAUGAAAGUCUCAGCUAACCCUGAUGGGCCACUCUCCAGAGGGGCCAAUAUGACCCUGACCUGCCAGGUCUCUGGUCCACUCCCACCCAAUGCCUACUUGCGCUGGGAACGUGUGAAUGGGACUAACAUGGACGUUAAGAACUCAAGGCAGCAUGAAAUAAAGUUGGAGGUGAACAUCAGUGCUGCAGGGCUGUGGAGCUGUCACCUCAUAGAAGACAAUGACAGAAAGAUCAGCCUUCAUUACCGCGUGGAGGAAGCUCCUGUUUGGAUUAGCUAUGUGAUAAUUGGAGCAAGUGUUGCAGGCAGUUUAUUGGUGUUUGCCCUUGGGUGCCUAUGCAUCAUCAGUGGUAUAAGCUGGCAGAGGAGAAUGCAACGGAGAAAAAGGAUGGCACAAGCAAGACAAUACUUGCUGGAAAACAAGACAUGUCAGUGUCAACACCGGCUGAACUAAUACUGCAGCACUGGCGUCACAAGGACUGAGGAAGUCUCUGCCUGUACCUAAACACCUGACAGCCCAUAAUGCUCUGUGAAUCCAUCUCCCUUUCUCCUGUUUUAAUGCAAUUCUUUAUUCCUUCACCAUGCCCCCAGUCUAAUGCCAUGGAGGGAGGUUGUCUGGCUCGGAGCCAAUGGACAAGACAAGAAACCCUGAAGGGUUAAGAUUGAUCCCCAGUUCUAUAAUGAGAGACACUGAACAGAAUAUAUAUAUAUACACACACA